UGUUUCCAUGAUACAAACAUUCAUGAGGCUAUUAUACAAUGAUGUGAGGCGAUCUAGUCAGCCAAUCUUUGGUUGGUUAUGUCCAAGCUUUGUACGAGAUGACAGUUGCGUACAAAACGAAAAAGAGGUGAAAGUAUAUCUCAAGGAUUCUUUGAACGCAUGUUCUCGUCUUGGAUAUAAGAUCGUUCUUCUUCCUUACAUUGAAUCGAACCAUUGGACACUCAUUGCAAUAUGUGUGUCAAGUAACGAAGUCUACCACUUUGAUUCUUUGCGUAAAGGAACAAUACGGUCCUUACUAGUCAAAUCAUUGUUAAAUAGUGUGAUGAAGAAGAUUACUUCAUCUGGACUUCGACAAGGAAAAGCUCCUGUUUGGUAUUUAGUCGAGUGUCCGGUACAAGAAGGUGGACUUGCGUGUGGGUAUUACGUCAUGAGGUUCAUGCUCGAUAUCGUCAACUAUUGCAAAGAUGUUGUUGAUCUUCGAAAGGUAUGUAACUUUUAGGUUUCCAAUUGUUGUUUGUUGUA